AUGCCCUUGCCCAGGCGCCGGUCGUCCUUCCUGGGGCAGCAAGCCCCUUCCUCUGCCACCGAGAGCGUGGGGGGCCCGGGGCGCCGGGUGAGUGUGGGCAGCCUGUCACGGCCGCCUGGUGUCUAUGUGGGUGCCGUGCCCACCGGAGGAGUGAGCAGCUUGGGCACCCGCGUGUCCCGCCGAGCACUGGGGAUCAGCAGCGUCUUCCUGCAAGGCCUGCGCAGCUCCUGCUCCGCCGUGCCCCUGGCCACAGGGCUGGAGAAGGGCAGGGGGCUCUCCUAUGAGAGCCUGAACGGCUGCCUGGUGGAGUACAUCGAGAAGGUGCGGGCCCUCGAGCAGGUCAACCAGGAGCUGGAAGAGCACAUCCGAGUCUACCUGGACAAGAAGUCCUCCAGCGUGGGCAGCUGGGGCGCGCUGCGGGAGAGCUGGGAGGCCGUGUACCACCAGGUGGGCGAAGCAGUCCUUGAGAACGCCCGUCUCAUGCUGCACACCGAGAACAUUCAGGCCUCUGCUGAAGACUUUAAGGACAGGUAUGAAAAUGAACAGCCAUUCAGAAAGGCAGUGGAAGAUGAAAUUAAUUCCCUUUACAAAGUGAUUGACGAUGCUAAUUUAACUAAAAUGGAUCUGGAGAGCCAGAUAGAAAGCAUGAAAGAGGAGCUAACUUUGCUGUCAAAGACUCACGAAGAAGAUGUGAAGGUAUUGUACAAACAGCUUGCUGGAUCUCAGCUGGAAGAACUUGAUGUUCCUCUGGGAAGUGGCCUGGACAACAUACUGGAAAAAAUCAGAAUCCAUUGGGAGAGAGACAUUGAAAAGAAUCGUGCUGAGGCAGGUGCCCUGCUCCGUACCAAGCAACAGGCUGAAGCGACAGCUGCAGUGCGAAGCCAAGAGGAAGAACUGGUAGAGGGCCUGAGAACUGAGUUCCAUGAAACUGCCUGCAAAAUACAGAGCUUGCAAGCCGAAACUGAGUCCUUGAGAACCUUGAAGAGGGGUCUGGAGAAUUCCCUAUACGAUGCCAAGCACUGGCAUGAGAUCGAACUGCAAAACCUGGGCUCUGUCAUUUCCAAGCUGGAGGCAGAGAUGGCAGAAAUCAAAGCAGAAACUGAGCAGCAGCAGCGGGAUCGUGAGAAUCUGCUGACCAACAAGCAGCAGCUAGAGAAAGACAUUGCUGCAUAUCACUGCCUUCUGGAUGGAGAGCAAAGCAGGAUUCACGAGGGACACACUGAUAUCCCGGCUAUAGGAGCGCCGUACGAGCACCACUCCGCGGGCGCUGAGAGGAAUGAGCCGUUAUCCCGAGGCGGGAAGCAGCCAACGUUCGGCGCCACCCGCGCCCGGCACGCGCCGAGAAGCCCCAACGCGCACGCGCAACCACAGCCCCACCCAUCCCGCCGCCUGAGCCCAACGGUCCCCGGUGCGCCCGCCCUCGCGCCUCCUCGACCAAUCGGCAUCCGCGCCGUCACCUCCCCGCACGCCACGCAUUCUAGCGUCGCGACGUCAGCGGCUCGCCCCGGAGGCUUCUGA